ACGGGGACGCAGCUGGGGGGAAAGGGAAAUAAUGACUGAAUGCCAGAGACCGCGUCGUAACUUUGAUGUAAAACUCCAUUCGAGUUACUUCAGGCAGUCGGGAAAUUUUGCAAAGUGUUAGCAGAGCUUUUUACAGCAGUCGUCACUGGGGUGUUUUUUGGAUAGCCGGAGACAGCCCAGCUAACGGUUUUCGCUGCGAUGGAUCAGUCUGUAGCAAUUCAAGAGAUUCUGACAGAGGAAGAAAACUGCCUCAUAUUUUCAAAACAUGCCGUCCAAUGUCUCCUGCUGGUGGACGAUCUUACCGAAAGCAGAUUGCUUGGUUUGGUGGAACACGACACGGAGCACGCGCUGUUCAUGUUUACCCAUAGAAGAAUGGCCAUCACCGGUGAUGACGUCACACUCGAGCUCAUCGUCCCCAUAUCUCACGACUUCGCGAUCGUGGAAGUUUCAUCGCCUGAUGAACUAGCGAUUGUCGGUGCUGACACCAGGGUGCGGGUGACAGAUUUGGAUCUUGAGAUGGAGGUUCACUUACCUUUCGGCUCGCACACGCGUCUCUUCCUCGGCGAGGUCAACCGAGCGUGGAGUGAAGUCUGUAAGCAGUCCUCGACGGAAGCGCCAGUCUCCCAGUUCGAGUGGCUCUCCAAGUACCGCAGGCCUGCAAAAGGCCCCGGGCCAGGCAGACAAGUCAGCGCACCAGGCAGAACGCCAUUCUCCAAGAUCAGCCAGCUGAAGAAAUCAGGGAAGGCUUCGGUGGGGAACGGCAGAGCACAGGGGGAAGAGGAAGGGAGGACCGUGCGGGCGGGAGGAGACAGCGGGCCCGAAAGUCUGAAGAAAGUCCCAUCGGAGGACAGGAAUGACCUGGUGCGCUCUUCCAGACACACGGUGUCAAACAAAGCCCAGAUACUAGCCAUGCCACAGUUCGUCCUGCGGGACAACCUCAUAAAGUGCGAGCUGCUGAAGAAUGAGCAGCUCUACACCUACAUCAAGAACUACAGCUUCUUCCUCGGCACAUACAAUGUGAACGGCCAGCCGCCGAAGGAGAGUCUGCGGCCCUGGCUGUGCUGCACUCCUGAGCCGCCCGACUUCUACUGCGUGGGCUUUCAGGAGCUGGAUCUCAGCAAGGAGGCCUUCUUCUUCAAUGACACGCCCAAGGAGGUGGAGUGGCUGAAGGCCGUGCUAGACGACCUGCACCCAGAAGCCAAGUACGCUUUAGUGAAGCUGGCUCGGCUGGUGGGCAUCAUGCUGGUGUUCUUAGUGAAGAAGGAGCACGCCGAGCACGUCUCCGACGUGGUGGCUGAGACUGUCGGCACAGGGGUCCUGGGAAGAAUGGGCAACAAAGGUGCGGCAGCCAUCCGCUUCCGUUUCCACAACUCGGACAUCUGCGUGGUGAACUCGCACCUGGCGGCGCACAUGGAAGAGUGGGAGAGGCGCAACCAGGACUACCGGGACAUCUGCUCCCGGCUGCUGUUCCCCCAGAUACCCCUGGAGCUCCCCCCCCUCACCAUCAUGAAGCACGAUAUCGUCCUCUGGCUAGGAGAUCUGAACUAUAGGCUACAUGAUGUUGAAGUCGACCAGGUGAAAAAUUUAUUAUCCACGAAUGAUUUUAAGACUCUACAGAGUUACGACCAGUUGAAGAGGCUGAUGGCUGAGCAGACCGUGUUUGAGGGCUUCGUCGAAGGAGAGAUUUCAUUUCAGCCGACGUACAAAUACGACACGGGCUCAGAUGAGUGGGACACCAGUGAGAAGUGCCGCACACCGGCCUGGUGCGACCGCGUCCUGUGGAAGGGGCGGGGCAUCAAGCAGCUGCAGUACAACAGUCACAUGACCCUGAAACUCAGCGACCACAAGCCCGUCAGCUCCCUGCUGGAAGUCGGGAUUAAGGAAGUAAAUGAAGAAUCGUAUAGGAAGGUGUUUGAGGACAUUGUGCGCAACCUGGACAAGAUGGAGAAUGAGUGCAUUCCGUCCGUGACGCUGUCCAAGCGCGAGUUCGUCUUCCACGAUGUGAAGUUCAUGAAGCACCAGGUGGACACGCUGACCAUCUGCAACGACGGCCAGGUGCCGUGCCAGUUCGAGUUCAUCCAGAAACCGAACGAGGCAGAGUACUGCAAGCCCUGGCUCACAGCGAACCCGCCCCGGGGGUUCCUGGCACAGGGCGACACACUGGACAUCGAGCUGGAGGUGUUCGUCAACCGCUGGACGGCCACUCGGCUGAACUCUGGCGAGGACGCCAUAGAGGACAUCCUGGUCCUCCACCUGGACAGGGGGAAGGACUACUUCGUCUCCGUCUCUGGGAACUACCUGCCCAGCUGCUUUGGAUCGUCCAUACAGAUGCUGUGCCACCUGAGGGACCCCAUACAGGAGGUGCCUCUGAAGACCGUCCAAGAGCUGACCGUGAUGUCAGCAGAGGAGCUGAGCCUCAGGACUUCCGAGAAGCCCCUGGACAUCCCCAAGGAGAUCUGGAUGAUGGUGGACCACCUCUACCGGAAUGCCUCCAAACAGGAGGACAUCUUUCAGCAGCCAGGACUGAGGAGCGAGUUCGAGGAGAUCCGGGAUUGCCUGGACACCGGGAUGCCGGAGUCUCUCCCUGGCAGUAACCACUCAGUGGCUGAGGCCCUCCUUCUCUUCCUCGAUGCUCUCCCCGAACCUGUGGUUUCCGUCUCUCACUACCAGCAGUGCCUGGACAGCUGCCCAGACCCCACCCAGUGUAAAAAGGUUAUUUCCACGCUACCUCUGUGCAAUAAAAACGUGUUUAACUACUUAACGGCGUUUCUGCGAGAGCUGCUGAGAAAUUCUGCACAGAAUCAUCUGGAUGCCAACAUCGUAGCAACCACCUUUGCUCCCCUGCUACUGAGACCACGCACUAAGCAGGACAUUACGGAGAAGCGGAAGACCCAGGACUUCUUACACCAUUUCCUCAUUCAAGACCUUUACUGCACAGAGCAUCAGAAUUCAACACCCUUAGCUUAAUGUAUAGCACAUUAUUAAUUUUUAAAAUAAACUGUACACAGUUAAACUUUGUAUAGUCAUACUCGAUUUAUGUUUUGAUUAAAGCCCAUACAUUGUAUACAACAGGGUUUUAAAGUUAGCUGU